UAGUAUAUAUAUUAUUCGGUAAAGGUUUGUUAUUAGAAAUUGUUUUGGUAAAGUUCAUCGUAUGAUACGAUAACGGAAAUACUUAUUUGGUCAAAGAAUCUCAGUGUAGUACGAAUAUUGUUCUUUCGUUAUAUAUCUUCUAUCUUACAUAUUGUUUGUUUUUUCGAUAAAGUGAUUUUUUGCAGUAAUUCAAUCGUUUAUUAGCUACUAACAUAUAAAUAUGGACGGAGUGGGUAACUCUACAGAAGUUGAGAUCGGUGGGCCAAGAAAUAUGCAGCAGGCAGCAUCUAGUAAAAAGCUACAGCAAACACAAGCUACGGUUGACGAAGUGGUGGGAAUAAUGAAGGUUAACGUAGAGAAAGUAUUGGAAAGAGAUCAGAAAUUGUCAGAGCUUGAAAAUCGAGCCGACGCGCUGCAACAAGGUGCAACGCAGUUCGAGCAACAAGCAGGAAAACUUAAAAGAAAGUAUUGGUGGAAAAACCUCAAGAUGAUGAUCAUCAUAGGUAUCAUAUGUGUUGUGAUCUUGAUUAUUAUUAUAUACUCCGCUGUACCAAGUUCUUCAGAUUCUGAUAAUCCUAACACAACUGCAGCUCCAUAAUAUUUUUUAAUGGUAAUGUAACUUAUCGUAUUGGUCUAAUAUUCCAUUAUCGGAGUUAUAAUAUAAAAUGAAGUUUAUAUGACAAGAAUAUGUACAGGUUAUAAUGAUAGAACAAAUUUCUAUGAAAAUAUAAUGUAUGAUCUGGUUAAUAAUAUAAUUAAGGGAUAAAAAUGAUACGCAUAUUUUUGAGACUUAAUCUACGUGAUUGCACAAUUUGUAUAUUUAACGCAGUAUUAAUAUGGGUGGCCUUUUCUUUUUUAAAUAAUUGAUGUUGAAAGAUACCAAGGUGUUUUAUGUUGUUGCAAUGCUUAUGUACGUUUAUCGAGGAUAUAUAAUAUAUAAUGUUUAUACUCUUUUCAUGUGA